AUGGACAAGAUCUCCAGGUUCCGGCGAAAGCCUAAACGCCCAACCAUCGAGACGUCUGUCCCCAGAUCCCGUAGCUCCGAACCACCGGUGGCUACAAUACACGUGCACUCGCCCUCCGACCCCGACUUCUUACAGCCUGGCCGCAUGUCGCGCAUGUCCGGUCGCAUAUCUCCUUUUAAAAACAUACGAUUACUAUCUGCCGGGAAGCGCGCUAGAAGCAGCCCGCCCGUGGCACAGCAGCAAAUCAGGCCAUCCACCGCCGUCGUAGCCAAGGGAGGCCACCCACUCAGAACAUUUGCCUCGCGCGACGGAAUGCUUGAAGCUGCGAGAAUGGGUGAUGAUAAGUCGCCGAAGGAGGCUGCAGUGCCGGCAUUUCUUAAUCUGUCCAUUCUAGAUAUGGCUAGCAAGUUCCAAGAGCUCCAAUGGACCGAAAGAAACCGAGUCGCAGAAGGUAUGCGAAGCGAAACCCCCGAAACUUGCCGAUGGGCACCAUACAAGCACAACUUCACAUCAGAGAGCGGACCCAUGGACCGUUAUAGCAAUGUAUGGCCGUGGCAGCAUACCCGCGUAAAGCUCAAUGUCGAAGAGGGCAUCGACUAUGUCAAUGCUUCUGCCAUUGAGCUACCGCCGCCUACAGAUGUGUCCCAAGACCCCUUACGAUUUAUUGCCAUGCAAGGCCCGACUAUCCCGUCGAUCGAAUAUGUAUGGCGCAUGAUUGCCGAGCAAAUGUCCACGACAUCCGCCAUUGUACAGCUGACCACCAUGGUCGAAAAUAAUGCGAUAAAAUGCCACCAAUAUUUUCCGUUCGAAGAGGAACAUGCGACUUGGGAUCUCAACGAGGAUGACUUAUGGGGCGAUGGCUGGAAAGCCAAACUGACAUAUGACUCCAUGGAGGAGCUGGCAGACGGCGCCAUCGAAAAGCGUAAGCUGCUGCUGCACGUUGAAGGGGAAGAGGAGCCAAAGGUCGUGUGGCAUUUUCUAUAUACCCUCUGGCCCGACUUUGGCGUGCCGGAAAUGGACGACUUGGACAGCUUCUUCGAGCUCAUGGAGCUUUCCCGCCAACACGGCGACCCCGAUGGGAGACGCAUCAUCCACUGCAGCGCUGGUAUUGGCCGAACAGGCACCUUUAUCUGCCUAGAACACCUGAUACGAGAGCUUGCUGCUGGCGCUUUUGAUGGCGACCCAUCUCUCCUUGGCGACGAAGAUGCUGUAUACGAGACGGUGGAUAUGCUCCGUGAACAGCGUCGAGCCAUGGUACAAGGCGGCCAGCAGUACAACUUUAUAUACGAUGUGCUACGGAAGCUGUGGUACGAGCGCCAUGGCCUCAAGUUAGAGCGAGGCGGGCAAACAGAGCCACCAGCACCAAAGCGCCGUGAAGUCCCUGAUCCAUUCACGGAUACCGAGGAUGAAACAGCCAGCCGUGGAACGGCGACGCCUAUAACAGAAGACGGCGGAGCUCCGUUGCAGGCCAAUGGCAACGAUACUACCGCAAGCUAG